AUGACAAGCAAGAACAUAAAGUCAUUACCGCACGAGAAGCGUAAGGGCGAAGCUGCUCUUAGCGACUUUGCCGAGUACGUCGAGAAGCAGCAAGCGUUGCGGUACCCUAGCGCAAAGCCGGCCGAAGAUAUCAAGGCCACCGACCCCCCAGAACAUCAGCAUGCCGAGCUCGACGAACUCUUUGACAACCUCGACCUGGCCGAGCCUACUCCUAGCGUCCGGUUGAAGGAUCUCCUGCUGGGCACUGAUGAUGAUGCCACGCUUCAGAAGUUGGAGGCGGUGAUCCAGGAGAGGAUAUUAGAGGGCCAUGGGGAGACCGUGUUCGAGCUUGGUUUCGAGAACAAUGGCGAGUCGAUGGGACUGUCAAUAGAGCAGUGGGACAAGGCAUAUGACAGACUCAAGGAGGCUGCCAAGAGGAUACGAUCCGACUGCCAUACGCUCAUCACCAAGAACGUCGGUGGCGAGGUCGAGGCCCCGAGCGCUCAGUCUGGCAAAGACAGCCAUUGCAGUGGCAAGAUCAUGAUUCGCCAGACGCCAGCAACAGUGGAAGAUGUUAUUGAGACCCGAAUAGCUGUGGUUGGCAAUGUCGAUGCUGGAAAGAGUUCUCUUCUGGGAGUCCUGGUAAAGGGAGACCUCGACGACGGCAGAGGACGUGCGCGAGUGAAUCUGUUCCGUCACAAGCACGAGAUUGAGACUGGCAGAACCAGCUCUGUGGGCAUGGAGAUCCUGGGUUUCGACACUGUUGGAGAUGUUGUCGUCUCUGACACCCCCGGACGGAAACUGUCGUGGGAGGAGAUUGGAAAGCGCAGCGCCAAGGUCAUUACCUUUACUGAUUUGGCAGGCCAUGAAAAGUACUUGCGAACGACCGUCUUCGGUCUGCUGUCGAGCAGCCCAAAUUACUGCCUGUUGAUGGUUGCGGCCAACAACGGCCUGAUAGGCAUGAGUAAAGAGCACUUGGGCAUUGCCCUAGCCCUCAACGUACCAGUAAUGGUUGUCAUCACCAAGAUCGAUAUUUGCCCGCCCCAGAUUCUCGAGCAGACCAUCAGCCAGAUCACCAAGAUCUUAAAGAGUCCAGGAGCGCGAAAGAUUCCAAUCUUCAUCAAGGACCGUGAGGAGUGCAUAAACACAGCCACUCAGUUCAUCAGCCAGAGAAUAUGCCCUGUUUUCCAGGUUUCCAACGUCACGGGGGAGAACCUCGACUUGGUUCGGACGUUCCUGAACAUCUUGCCGCACCACGGACGCUACGAUUCGGACGCACCCUUCGAAUUCCACGUCAAUGACACGUUCUCGGUUCCUUUCGUCGGCACUGUCGUCUCGGGAAUUAUCAAAGCCGGCGUCAUCCACGCCGGUGACAACGUGCUCAUUGGUCCGGAUUCUUUGGGACAGUUUACGUCUACCAGCAUUCGAUCCAUCGAACGCAAGCGGCUGGCGGUGCCGGCUGCUUCUGCGGGGCAAUCGGCGUCUUUCGCCUUAAAGAAGGUCCGGCGCAAGGAUGUCAGGAAAGGCAUGGUUGUUCUGCCCAAGCUCGAAGGACAGCCAGCGCCCAAGGUUCACAGAGAGUUCAUUGCAGAAGUUUUGAUUCUCUCUCACGCAACCACCAUCAAGACGAAGUACCAGGCCAUGCUGCACGUCGGCCCAGUCUCGCAGACGUGCGCAAUCAUCGACGUGGACCGCCCGUACAUUCGAACUGGUGACAGGGCAACGGUGGCAUUCCGGUUCGUCCAGCGACCCGAAUAUCUCGCCCCUGGGGACCGGCUUCUGUUCCGAGAGGGCAGGACCAAAGGUCUAGGGAUAGUCAAGUCAAUUGGCUACGAUGCCAGCAAGCCGCUGUACCCGCACGGCGACUCUGCAACGGACGAGGGCAGCGCGGCGAACGGUAACGACGAGGAGAAUGGCGAGAAGCCUGCUAACGGUCAGGAGGUCAAGGUUGGAGCGUAA